AUCGAAUUGACAGAAGCGUGAAAAGGAGUAACCUAAGUUUGGUGGAGGAUUGAUGACGGGAAGAAUAUUGUAGGAAAUAUUACUAUUUUACUUGAUACUUUUAGUAAAGAAAUUAGCAAAAAUGCCAGACCAUUUGGGAGAUGAUAUGCGCAAAGUGAAAGAUGAUAAAGAGGAGCCCGAAAAGGAAAUCAAAUCUUUGGAUGAAGGAGACAUAGCCCUUUUGAAAUCAUAUGGGCAAGGGCAGUACACAAAAAUCAUCAAAGAAGUUGAGGAUGGUAUCCAGACUGUGAUGAAGCGGGUCAAUGAACUCACGGGCAUUAAGGAGUCUGACACAGGGCUGGCACCUCCUGCUCUGUGGGAUUUGGCAGCAGACAAGCAGACUUUACAGAAUGAGCAACCCCUACAGGUGGCCAGAUGCACUAAGAUCAUAAAUGCAGACUCAAAUGACCCUAAAUACAUUAUCAAUGUCAAACAGUUUGCCAAAUUUGUGGUCGAUUUGGCCGACUCCGUUGCCCCCACUGAUAUUGAAGAAGGAAUGAGAGUUGGUGUGGACCGAAACAAGUAUCAAAUCCACAUCCCCUUGCCGCCCAAGAUCGAUCCGACGGUCACCAUGAUGCAGGUUGAAGAGAAGCCAGACGUAACGUACAGCGACGUCGGAGGCUGCAAGGAGCAGAUUGAAAAGCUGAGAGAAGUUGUAGAGACUCCGUUGUUGCAUCCGGAGAAGUUCGUCAAGCUUGGUAUCGAGCCGCCAAAAGGCGUGCUACUGUUCGGACCCCCCGGUACGGGCAAGACGCUCUGCGCUAGGGCUGUCGCAAACCGCACUGAUGCGUGCUUCAUUCGAGUUAUCGGAUCUGAGCUGGUCCAGAAAUACGUGGGUGAAGGUGCUCGUAUGGUCCGCGAACUCUUCGAGAUGGCGCGAAGCAAGAAGGCUUGUCUGAUCUUCUUUGAUGAAAUCGACGCUAUCGGCGGUGCAAGAUUUGACGACGGCGCGGGGGGUGACAAUGAAGUCCAAAGAACCAUGUUGGAGCUGAUCAACCAACUGGACGGGUUCGACCCUCGUGGAAACAUUAAGGUUCUAAUGGCGACCAACAGGCCUGACACGUUAGACCCCGCCCUAAUGCGUCCCGGCCGCCUCGACCGCAAGGUGGAGUUUGGCUUGCCGGACUUGGAAGGCCGCGCCCACAUCUUCCGCAUCCACGCCCGGUCGAUGAGCGUCGAGAGAGACAUCCGAUUCGACUUGCUAGCUCGACUGUGCCCGAAUUCUACUGGUGCUGAAAUUAGGUCCGUCUGCACAGAAGCGGGUAUGUUCGCGAUCCGGGCCCGCCGCAAGGUGGCCACCGAGAAGGACUUCUUGGAGGCAGUCAACAAGGUCAUCAAGUCCUACGCCAAGUUCUCAGCCACGCCAAGAUACAUGACCUACAAUUAAACCGCUUUGUGCCUUGUCUUCUACGCAGUAAAGUCCAAAACUGUAAGGUUUUAUUGUGAAAGACAAUUUGCGUGAUUGAAAGAGAUAUCUUCACCCUUUGAAAAUGUGCAUAAAGAGUUUCAUGUUGCUUGUUGCCGGUCGCCAUUUUGUGAAGU